AUGCUGCGUUUUAUGAAAGGAUUCAAAGCUUCUCUAAACGUGUCUUCAGGAAAACAGACAGACGUUGGUCACUAUGACUCAUCGCCGGGCGUAAGGGUCACUGGUGCAUACAGGGUUAAUAACAGCGAAUUUGCCGGAAAUCGUACAAUUUUAGACGCUCCAAAGAAAAUUACACCAUCUAUGGUCAAAUUACCGAACUCGAACCCCAUUGAAAGACAGUCGAAAAGCACCAGCGACUUAACAAGACCUCCGCCUGAACCGGUAAAUUUAAGUAGCAAUUUAACUAAAAAUUUAAAUAGUAAUAGCACUCCUAAUGUGCCGCAAGCGAAUACCGGCCUAACACAAAAUCAAAUUAAAGAACAGAAAAAAAUAGAGAAAAAACGUUUAUUAGAACAGAAGAAACGCGACAAAUUAGCAGCUCAAGAACAGAAAAAGCAAGAAAAGCUGAGGAGAGAACGAGAAAAGCAGAUGCAAAAGACACAACAAACGCCGGAAAGAAAUAAAAAAGUUCGAAAACGAACCGCUCCACAACCAACACCUGCCCCGCAACCAGCCGUUCCUCAAACCAAUACGGUACAGGCGGCUCAAAAUAACACAGUACAAGUGUCUCAAAACAUUCCAAUAAGACAUCUUCAAAAGAAUCCUGUAAAAGUUUCUCAGAACCCUGCACCGCAGGCAACGUCUCAGUAUUCAACGAACACUCUAGAAAGUUCCAUAAGCAGGAGUAGUGGUCCACCGCCUUACUCCCCACCGGAAGUCGCACUGAACAAACGUGACAAUACCGGAAAUAUUAGUUUCGCAGCAGCCGAAGACACCGGCAGUUGGGACUUAAUCUCACAACACAGACAGCAGAUAAAUCGCCCUAAAGUCACCAAAACCAUACCAAAGCAAACACAUUUGGAUUUACAGUAUAAUAUUGCUACUUCCAAAACUAGGGAUGUUAAUAGCGAAGCU